UCCGCUGAGGGGAGGAGCGCGCGCGGGCCGCUCCUGCCGGCGAUGCCCGGAGGGGAGGGACGAGCCGCCGCCGCCGCCAUUGUGCCCCGCUCCGGUUUGAACGCGGCGGCCCCUGCCGCGCCGCGGCCCCGCCCGCGCUGUGAUUGGCGAGGGAGAGGGAGGGAGCCGGCGCGUGCCAGGCCCCGGCGUGUCGCAGCCGAGCCGUCCGGGCGGCCCCCGCUGCCGCGGCGCCGCGCGUUCCGCCCUGCGCCCGUGCGCGGGCCCCGGAGCGGAGCGGAGCCGAGCGCGGCGCGUUGCGUGCUGCCGGCGCCGCCGCCGCCGCCGCCAUGGCGAGGGGAGGCGGCGGCCGCGGGAGGGGGUGACCGCGCGCCCCUGGCCCCCCCAUGAGACGGUGGCUGGGCUGGCUGGGCUGCUACACCCUGCUGCUGUGGGCGCUGCGGAGGAGGAUGUGGUCUGGCCCCGCCAGGUACCUGCGGAGCCCUUUAUCCAGGUCCCUCUACGCCAACAUGAUGGGCAGCCCCAGCCCGCCGGCCCCGGGCGCCAGGGAGAACCACCAGUGGUAUGUCUGCAACACGGAACAGUUGUCCGAAUCCCUUCAGCCUAUUUUUGUCCAGAGUUACCUUGACCAAGGAACACAGAUCUUCUUAAACAACAGCAUUGAGAAAUCAGGCUGGCUCUUUAUCCAGCUCUAUCACUCUUUUGUGUCCUCAAUUUUUAGCCUCUUUAUGUCUAGGACAUCUAUCAAUGGGCUGCUGGGAAGGGGCUCAAUGUUUGUGUUUUCCCCAGAACAAUUUCAAAGACUGCUUAAAAUAAAUCCAGAAUGGAAAUCCCACAGACUUCUUGAUUUAGGGGCUGGGGAUGGAGAGGUCACUAAAGUCAUGAGUCCUCACUUUGAAGAAAUCUAUGCCACUGAAUUGUCUGAAACUAUGAUAUGGCAGCUUCAGAAAAAGAAAUACAGAGUGCUUGGUAUAAAUGAAUGGCAGAACACAGGAUUUCAGUAUGAUGUUAUCAGCUGUUUGAAUUUGCUCGAUCGCUGUGAUCAACCACUGACUGUGUUAAAGGAUAUUAGAAGUGUACUGGAGCCAACUAGAGGCAGAGUCAUUCUAGCAUUAGUUCUGCCAUUUCACCCAUAUGUGGAAAAUGGUUGCCACAUUUGAGCUGUGGAGCAACAUGGGAAAACCGAUCUCUGAUUAGGGUCCUCUGCUGCUGUCAUAUAGGUAACCCCAGUUGUCUCUGGUGACCACUGAGCAAAAAAAGUAUGAACUGUGUGUCAUACUGAAUAGAGCACUGUUUCAAGUGCUGCAGAUGAACUGCACCUAAAAAUUCAUAGGGAGAUAAUGUUCAUUAUCUAACAUGAGCUUUUGAAGGAAAAUAUACACCUCUGCUAAUACAAAAUAUCAACUAUUAUUUAUAUCCUGAGUAACUAGAAAAAAAUGUUUUAUGUGCCAAAAUUCUCUUAUUUCCCAUAGUUGCAUUUUAAAGAAAUACCUGGAGAUUUUCAAAUUCAUCUCUUUGCUCAUGACUAACUUUGAGAGACUAGCAACUUUUUUUGUUAGGUGCCUAAGACUUUGGGGGUUCAGGUUGAGUCACCCAAAAAGUGGAGUGACUUCCAGAGAGCUGAUGUUGAUGAGUUGAUGUUGAACACUGCAAUCUCUUACUCUCCUUGAGCCUUAAGACUUGUAAAUGGAAAGGCAUGUAUGUCCAAAAAAUACAGAACCAAUAAGCUUAACAUUCUGGAAAUGAUAAAUUCAUGAAAAUAUAUCUGUUUUGUACUCUUUCGAAUGACAGUAACUUUUCUGCGUGAGGAGAGAAAAAAAUUUGUUUUGCAAUUGCUAUUGUGUCCAGAAUCUACUUUUCUGCAUAUUGUUGGGUAACCAUGUGGUAGAUCCUGGCUGAACAGGAGGUGGAUAAAUUAAGGAAGAAACCACUCUAAGUCCAUUUAUGUCCUUCAUCAUUAAUCUCCUGCUGUCUACAGGGUGUGGAAUAGUAUAUUAAAUUUAUUUAUCCCAAGGGAUUGGAAA